AUGUCGAGCGCCUGGCCAGGGAGGGCCUUCCAAGGCAGCCUUCGCAUGGAACGAGCUUUGGAGGCCGCUGGAGCCCGUGUAGUCAUAGUCCUUGCCGCGAACUCGGUUGUGGGUGUCAACGACCUACGAAGACUCCGGCUCUCAUACCGUCUCCGGCUGCGGCGGCUGGUGAACACCAUCGGCGGACUUGCGAAUGUUGAAGGCGUCUUCCUGCCAGCUGUAGCCAUCCCCGAUGCGCCUAUGCACUCUGUUCGGAUGAGGCUACAGCGCUGGCCACUGAAGUUCUUCCUCACCCCUGUCUGCCACGCCUGGGAGCGCGAGAAGUGGAAGGCUCUCUUCUCUGCAGACCUCAUGCACCCCAGCCCCGCGGGCUAUGAGUGGUGGGCCAAGGCCUUGGCGGAGCAGAUCCGAGGACACCUGGACAGGCCGUGGAAUGGCGAGUCGUCGAAGCUGGCGGCUGAGCUCAUCUGGGCAUCCUUUCCAGAGGACCCGGUAGCGUCCACAUCCCUGGCUGGCGGGAGUUCGGCCCUGGAUGACGCUAGGAAGCAUGCGCUGCGGAAGGAAGCAGGUUUCACGAUUUGCGUCCAACUCCUGAACUUCAUAGGCAGCAAAGGUGCACCUUCCAUGCUUGGUGUGGUGAUUGGAGCACAUCCGGUGGGUGGUACUGGGUUCACAGUCCCCCACCCAGUAAUGGUGGUCGAGGAAGAAAAUGCAGGGUUGUCCUGUAUUUGCCUCGAGCGUCCCGUCCGGACCAAGGCCCGCAUCCAGGUGCAGUCAGGUAAGCUUGCUUACCAGAACGUGAGAGAGCUGAAGUACAGAGGAGGGGUAUUUAAAGGCCUUAUUACCUGCCGGAGCGUGUACCUCAAGCUUCAUCUUUUGCCUUUUGCUGAUUUUCCUUUUGCAUCUGCGACCAUGAGCAAUGAUGAUCUAGAAUCUGGUCGGCGCCUGGAGCACUCUGAGUCCGUGCUUUGUAUCGGGCUUCGCUCUCGACGUUUCUUGGUUUUGCUCGUCGUUGCUUCACAACUGCUUCUCCUGGUGCUGUGGAGAAGUGGGCACGUUGCCUCCCUUUACAUGAAGCAAGUGGGUCACAAGGAGCCUUUUGCGCCAGACAGCACAAGAUUGUCUGCACCACCUAGGGUAAGUAUCCCAGCAAACGCCGAGCGCCACGACAUGGGCGAAGUCAUCCGCCAUCAUGGCCAAACCGUUGAACACCCGAGCUCACACUUCACCAUGUUUGAUGUCAAGGGCGGUAUGUUUGCUUGGCUAAAGAGUCGGGGCGAGCAGUUUGUACAGGACAUCUUCCACGAAACGCUGGAUGUCUGCCGCGAGGACAUGUCACCCGAUGAAGCGUGGGAGAGGGCUGUGGUCCUGGACAUUGGCUCAAACACCGGCUUCUACGGCUUACUGGCGCUGGAGAAGGGCUGUGCAGUUGUUUUUGUGGAGCCGCAGCCGGAAUGCAAUGCCUUGAUAUCAUGGUCUAUCCGCGAGAGUGGCCUGGAUGAGCGCAAGGUCAAGCGUGUGCAGCAGCCUGUGGGUCGAAAGGAGGAUGGGGCAAAGUCACUGGCAGUACGAGCUGACAACCAUUGCUCAGGCAGGUUUCCGAUCGAGAACGCAGAGCGUGGGCACAAAGACGCAUAUGGCUCUGAUGCAGGGUCUGCGGACUCCCAGACAGCGUUGCAGAUCCCAUUCCUUCCAGUGUCCGAUAUGCUGACAUUGGUGGGCUUGUCUGACAGCAGCAAGAUACAGCUAAUCAAAAUAGAUACAGAGGGCAACGAGCUGCAGAUACUGGAAGCAAUGCUGCCGAUUUUGCAGCAUUGGCAGGUUUCGAACAUGGUUGUUGAGGUCACUCCCAUGUGGUGGCGCCAUACGGGCUACACAACUCAGAGUGGAGCUGAGAUUUUUGAGCAGCUUGUGAACUUUGGGUUUGUGGGUAGUACUAUUCGGGGUCAUAGUCUGAAAGAUGCUGCUGCUAUGCGCCGCUACAUUUUGCAUGGAAAGAUCUACCAGGACGAUCUAUGGUUGCAGCGAAACAAGCGAGUUUGCACGUGCACG